ACCACACUAUAACACCACCCGCAACCCCCAAUUGAGUCACCCACACCAAUUGAAGACAUCAUGAACACGACACUCCUCCGCACAUCUGCCUUGCGCUCGGCUGUCCGAGCUGCGGCUCCCGUAACUUCCCGCGCUGGACUCGCAGGCACAACAUUUGUUCGCGGCAAGGCGACGCUACCCGAUCUUCCAUACGACUAUGGCGCGCUCGAACCCAACAUCUCGGGCAAGAUCAUGGAGUUGCACCACAAGAACCACCACAACACCUACGUAACCUCGUUCAACAACUUCAGCGAGCAAAUCCAAGAGGCCAAGCAGAAGGAAGACAUCAAGGCUCAAAUUGCGCUGCAGCCCCUCAUCAACUUCCACGGUGGCGGUCACAUCAACCACUCGCUGUUCUGGGAGAACCUCGCGCCUACCAACCAGGGCGGUGGUGAACCCCCGACUGGUGCUCUAUCGGCCGCCAUCAACACCAACUAUGGCAGCCUCGACGCCUUCAAGGAGAAGUUUAACGCUGCGCUGGCAGGUAUCCAGGGUAGUGGAUGGGCUUGGCUGGUACAGGACACGCAGACUGGCGGCAUCCAAAUCAAGACAUACGCCAACCAGGACCCCGUUGUAGGCCAAUUCCGCCCAAUCCUGGGUGUUGAUGCGUGGGAGCAUGCCUACUACCUCGACUACCAGAACCGCAAGGCCGAAUACUUCAAGGCCAUCUGGAACGUCAUCAACUGGAAGGCAGCUGAGAAGCGCUUCCAGUAAAUCGAACGCUCACUACGGCAGGACAAAGCUCCUAACUCGCCGACAUCGGGCAACAACAUGUUGAUAAUUCGAAUAGUGAAUCUAGAGUAGUAAUGCAAGUGAUCUAAAAUAUCCAAA